GGGCGGUGUCUCGUAGGACCCGGAUUGAGAGAAGAUGGUGGCCUCGCGUUGAGGACUUGUUGAGGGAUGAAAAUUGGUUUGCCUAGAAGCAGAUAUUAAAAGCAGUUCCUCUUCAUAUCAGCUGAUAAGCAUCGUGAUACACCAUGGCAGCAGCAGGAGCCGUAAAAUGGGUGAUGCCAAAGAGAACUAUCUUGAAACAUUUAUUUCCAAUCCAAAAUGGAGCUUUAUAUUGUGUUUGUCAUAAAUCUACGUAUUCUUCUCUUCCAGAUGACUAUAAUUGUAAAGUAGAGCUUGCUUUGACAUCCGAUGGCAGGACGAUAGUAUGCUACCACCCUUCUGUGGACAUUCCAUAUGAACACACAAAACCUAUCCCUCGACCAGAUCCUGUGCAUAAUAAUGAAGAAACACAUGAUCAAGUGCUGAAAACCAGAUUAGAAGAAAAAGGUGAACAACUUAAGCAAGGACCCAUGAUAGAACAACUUAGCAAAAUGUUCUUUACUACUAAGCACCGUUGGUAUCCUCGUGGACAGUAUCACAGACGUCGUAUGAAACUGAAUCCUCCAAAAGACAGAUGACAUUGAGGUUCUUGGGGAAAUCAAAGAGACCUAUGCCUCAUUUGCCAUUUGUCACCUGAGAAAAUGCAAUGUGGUGUAUUCACUAGUAUGCUAUAUAGUAAAAUAAUAAUAGUAAAAUGUCUUAUAUAUUAGAAUGUGUAUUUCUUUAUAUAUUCUGUAAUUCUGGAUUUGACAUUCUUAUUUAGAAAAACCUAUUGCAUCUUAAUUUCCUUUUGAGAUCUUAAAAUCUUCAAUUUCUUUUUAUGUAUCUAAUGUGAUUAAGUAUUUUUACAUCAUUAGCCAAACAUUGUUAGUAUUAUAAAUAUGAUUAAUAAAAAUGUUCAUGGUUUUCCUUAUGAAGGGGAUUUUUAAUUGCCCUUGAGAAUAAACUUAUGAGGUAUACUCAAAAUAAAUGUUACAGUGUUUCCAUUGACUUCUAGGAAAUAAUUAAGUUAGCUACAUUUUAAUCAGUGUUUACUAUCUGGGAGGUCCUUUUCAUAAAUUAUUAUUAAUUUUUCACAAUAAUCUUUUGAAGAAGGAGCAUCUUCCCCAUUUCACAGAUGAGGCUAAAUGACUUGAACCUUACCUAGCAAGUGGGAGAGCUACGAUCCAUACUGUUAGGCUUCAAAGCUUUUUUUCAGUGCAUAAUAAUGACAAAGAGGUGUUCUUUCACCCAAUAAUGUGCUUUCCUAGAGAUUUUCCUAGGUAGACUACUAUAUAUUUUGAGGUUUUUUCUUUUUCUGGCUGUCUUAAAAUUAUGAUAGCUUCAGAACAUAUGCAAACAGCAGCAGCUCUGUGCUUAAAAUGUUAAUAUCACUAAACUAGCGUUACAAGAAUGUUAAUAGAUUAUUCCACUGUUGCUUGUCACUACCAGUUUAUGUAUAUGAUCCUUAAUAGCAUUGCUGCUCCUGCGAUUUCUAUUUAGGAUGUGAGGAAUCUUUUAAGAUGGUAGAAAAGUGCUUCAUUCAGACUUGUAAAAUAUUUCUGGUAUUUAUAAAAUCGAUGUGAAAAAUAAUUUCUCAUUCAAAGUCUAUUGUUUAGUUCUUUUAAUGAAAGAACUCUAGCUGAAGGUUCAAGUGGCCAGUAAAAUGUGAGGAAUCAUGAGUAAGAGAGAAUAAAGGAAAUAAUUAAUAAUGGUGACCCUCUGUUACCCAAAGGAAAUGUUUUUAAGUGGCUUACUUUUUUCAUUAGUAUAUUACUAAUUUUUUUGGAAAGAUCAAAGAAAAACCAAGUUGAUAGUUGAUAGAACUUAAUAAUCAGAAAUAUUUGCCAACUUUGUUGGAAAA